AUGGACUUGCCUGGACCUUGCCUACUUGUGCUCUUCUGUUAUGGGCAGCUCUUGCCAUGGGUCAGGACCAAGGGUGAUCAGGAUUCAGACAAGCUCUACAAUGAGACCGUGGCAAAGACCUUCCUGCAGUUUUACGAGCAUACAGCACAGGUUGUCUGGAACCAGUUCAUGGAAGCCACCUGGAACUAUGUCACCAACAUCACCAAGAAAAAUCGAGAGGAGAUGCUGCACAAGGACAUGGAGAGGUCCCAGCACACACUAUACUUUGGCACCCGGGCCCGCCUGUUUAACAUUGCCAACUUUCAAGACCCGGACGUGAAGCGCAUGCUGAGUAACCUGCAGAACAUAGGCAAGGCGGCCCUGCCCAAGGACAAGCUCCAGGAGUACAACCAGAUUCUGGCCUACAUGGAGACCACAUACAGCAUGGGCCAGGUGUGCCUGAAUGAGGGACCCUGCCUGUCCCUGGAGCCCGACCUCGAAGAAGUCAUGGCCACCUCCCGGGACCAAAAGGAGCUGCUAUGGGCCUGGCAGGGCUGGAGGGAUGCUGUGGGUCGCCAGCUCCGCACCACCUUUGAGCGCUAUGUGCAGCUCAGCAACAAGGCUGCAAAGCUCAACGGUUACAAAGACAUGGGGGCCUUGUGGCGGUCCACAUAUGAGUCCAACAUGCUGGAGGAAGACCUGGAGAAGCUCUACCAGGAGCUGCAGCCGCUCUACCUGAACCUACACUCCUACGUGCGCCGGGCCCUGCACCGCUUCUACGGGCCCGAGCUCAUCGACCUGAGGGGGCCCAUCCCUGCCCACGUCCUGGGGAAUAUGUGGGCUCAGUCCUGGGUCAGCAUCUUAGACCUGGUCCUCCCUUUCCCGGAGAAGCCCCCUGAGGACAUCACAAAGAUCAUGAAAGGCCAGCACUGGAAGCCCGAGAAAAUGUUCCAAGAGGCUGAAAAAUUCUUCACCUCCCUGGGGCUGCUUUCCACCCCUCCUGAGUUCUGGAAAAAUUCCAUGAUGGAAAGGCCAACGGACGGGCGGGAGGUGGAGUGCCACGCGUCCUCCUGGGACUUCUACAACGGCAAGGACUUCAGGAUAAAGAAGUGCACCGAGGUGACCAUAGAAGACCUGCUCUCCAUCUUCCACCAGAUGGGCCAUAUCCAGUACUUCCUGCAGUACAAGAACCUCUCCGUGAUCUUCCGCAAAGGUGCCAACCCAGCCUUUGAAGAAGCUGUGGGGUCAGUGGUCACCCUCUCGGCCUCCUCCCACAAGUACCUUCUUAACCGAGGACUGCUCAGCCACCAGCACCAGGACUCAGAGGAGGAGGUCAAUUUCCUGAUGGGCAUUGCCCUGCAGAAGAUCGCCUUCAUCCCCUUCGCCUACCUGGUGGACCUGUAUCGCUGGAAGAUCUUUGAUGGCACCAUCCAGAAGGCUGUCUACAACCAGGAGUGGUGGAGCCUCAGGCUGAAGUACCAGGGUCUGUGCCCCCCUGUCGCUCGGUCAGAGGAAGACUUUGAUCCAGGCGCCAAGUUCCACAUCUCUGCCAGCCUGCCCUACAUACGGUACUUCAUCAGCCUAGUGCUCCAGUUCCAGUUCCACGAAGCGCUCUGCAAGGCCUCGGGCCACAUGGGACCGCUACACCGCUGUGACAUCUAUAACUCCAAGGAGGCUGGCAAGCUUCUGGAGGAUGUCCUAAAGCUGGGCUGGAGCAAGCCCUGGCCAGAAGUCCUGGAGAAGAUAACUGGGGAGACCAAGGUGUCUGCAAAGGCCCUCAUGACCUACUUCAAGCCCCUGCUGGACUGGCUGGUCACUGAGAAUGUGCGGCAUGGGGAUAUCUUGGGCUGGCCAGACUUCAGCUGUUCCUUUGAAGAAAAAGAGACAGACAGAGUGGCAUUCCUGGAUCUGGAGCUGGACCCUGACCAGGCCAAAUUUGGGCAGUGGAUGUUACUGGCCCUGAGCUUUGUCAUGUUCCUGGUGGUCCUGCUGCUGGCCUACAGGCUGUACACCCUGCAAAAAAGGUUACUGACCCAAGACACCAGUGCACAGGACACCAGUGCUCAGGACACCAGCGCACAGGACACCAGUGCACAGGACACCAAUGCACUCAAGACGCCACCCAAAGCCUACUUCCUGGGCAUAGCCAUGGAGCCCCACCAGGUUGCCAAAAGACAGUGGAUGCUGCUGGGACUCUGCCUCAUCCUGAUACUGUGCUCAAUCAGCCUGAUCAUUCGGAUUUCCACACAGCACAACAGGAUGCCUCCGUGGAUGAGAUCUGACUGGUGGAGCUGGGACUAG